AUGCAACUAGCUUCUGACAGGUUUUGUUCUCCCAACUCCCUUGAUGCUAAGUUGGUGAAAGGAAAAAUUGUUUUGUGCGAAGGUAGCCAAGAUACCGAUGAGGCAUUAAAAGUUGGUGCUAUUGGUGCCUUGACACAAGGUCAAGGUUUUAGAGAUGUUGCAGAUUAUUUCCCUUUAGUUGAAAGUUACCUUCAACCAAAGGAUGCUUCUAACAUACACAAAUACAUUCAUUAUGCAAGAACUCUCAUGGCAACAAUAUUUAAGUCUCAUGAAUUAGAAAAUGCUUUGGCACCUGUAGUUGCAUCUUUUUCAUCCUAA